CAGCGAGCUCUCGCUGUAACCUUUGGAGAGGCUGUCGAUCGGUCUAAACGGGGUCGCAAGCGCUUGCAUCCGUUUAAAGAGAAUGGAUUCCAGCAUCUCCAUCUUCUCAACCGAGCUGAUGGAUAUUUGGAGUCAAGCCAUGAUGUGACCGUCAUGAUUUGGAUCUCUUCGUCCCUUAGAUAGAAAACAGAACUGCCCCGGUUUCAAUAGAAAUAGAAAUAAUUGGCCAUUAGAAAAAAUUUUUCCCAAAAUGCACUCUACUAGCCGAACCACCAUCCCUCCCUCAAAGCCUCGCCGCUUUGACCCAAGCCGGCGUACAAUAUCCGCAGUGGAACCAAAGCCACAAGGCCCUGCGUACCGGAGGGAGGACAAAAACAUGAACACCGUUUCCUCUUCCUCUCCUCGGUGUGCCAGCAAAGCGACCCCAGAGUCUUCCAGGACCAGGGUGGGCAUGCAGCCUCGUACACCUUUGGGUCAGUCCAGACUGGGCUUGCAGAGAAACACGGCUCUCCUUUCUAAGACCAAACCCAAACCCAAGAUUGUCCGAGCAGGAGCAGCAGCGGUGUCCAACCGCGCACUUCCUCCUCUUCCUCCUCCUCCUCUUCCCCAUCUGGACCCCAACUGUAAUGAGCCCAGUCUGCCCUGCCUGUGUUGUGACGGCCAUUCUCCACAGGACAAUAACAGCCUGUUCAACCACAACCACAACAACAACAAUACCAUCUCCAUCCGGCAGCAGCUGAAGCUCCAGCCCCCUCCCCCACCACCCCCACUUCCCCAGAAACAGGAGGUCACCCGGGCCAAGGGUCAGGCCAAGCCCUGUCAGCUCAAGUCCCAGGCUAAGGUCCUGCCACCAGCCUGCCCCGCCAACGCCCUGGAGCUGGGGAAAGGAGAGGAAGAGCAGGAGAAUGCAGAUGUGAACGAGAACACAAACGUGGUGAUGGACAACAAGAUAAAAAAGCAGGACGAAUUGGAUAACAACAAAGACAGAGAUGAGGAGGGGAGAAACUUAGAGGAUGUUGAAGACGAGGAGGAUGAGGAGGAGGGAGAAGAUGACGAUGAUGACGAGGAUGAAGACGAUGAUGACACUUUGGUCCCAUCGUGCUGUGACUGCCCCCCCUCCCUCCUGGAUCUCUCCCUCACCUCCUCCACCUCCUCAUCUUCCACUUCCAUCAGCUCCUGCUCCGACCUGGAGACGGACUGCGCAGAUCUCUCCCUGUCCGUCUGCUCCUCUGCCCAUGAGGGGAAGGCUGAUCUGUCAGUGUCCCCGGAGCGCUCUCUCGCUCACAUUCCUGAACGCUAUCCACCGUCUCGCUCACCCCCCUCCCCCCCCUCCCUGCCCCUCAACCCCAAAUCUUCUUCGGCCUCUAGCUACCCUUCCUCCCCACCCACUGCCUGCUCCCCAGACGAAGGCUACCCCUCUGCUCCUGCCUCCCCUUCCUCAGACUAUUUGGGGGUCAGAGGCCAGAGUGGUUUAGGGUCAGAGGUUGCUAAAUUAGGCCUCCUGGACUUCCUGGAGUCAGUUGGCGAGUUUGGCAAGAUGGAGCGCUUUAGCCAGAUAAUACAGGUGGCCCGCUGGGAUCUGGAUGGGGAUCCUCAAGGGGAUCUACUGAGGGAUCGACUGGACCACCUGGACCGACUGGAGAGCGUCAACAGGCAGGUGAAACUGGCUCACAUUGCCAGGCUCCAUGAGAAGGGGCUGGAUCUUGGAGAUUUAGGAGAGGAGGACCUCUCGGAUGUUCUAGAUGAGAUGGGGAAUGUGGACAUGUCCUGGAGGCUUUAUAAAGGCCGGUCUUUAGGAGAGUCCCAGGAGUUCUCCGACGCCGGGGUGGACCUGACGGCUCCUUCAGACUGUGAUGAGCCCCUAGCCUCAGAAUCUGAGACGUCUUCACCCAUAGAGCCCCCUCCAAGACCCCCCAAACCGCCAGUCCGCCAUGCCAGCGUGAACUCUGACCUCCACACCUACAUCAACAUCAGCCGUGACAUCACCCCCUCGGUCUCUGUCUGCACCUCUCCAUCCGCAUCUCCAACUUUCUACACCUUCAGGUGUGAGAAGGCCCUCCCUCCUUCUCCACCCUCCCUCCCACCUCCUCCUCUCUGUAAGCCCAUCCCUUACUUCACACUCUACAAGUCUCCCCCUCUCCCUUUCUCCCGACCCCUUUCAACUCCCCCGAUCCCUCCUCCCCGGAAGAAACACCUAGCCCGUAAAGAGGCCCAGCGUCUCGCUGCCCUCCAAUCAGGACGUGAGAAGACACCCCUAUCCCUUCCACCUCCAACCUCCUGCCCUCCUCCUCUCCCGCCUCCUCCAACUAUUUCCAUAUCCUCCUCGACGUCCCCCCCGGCCAUACCUCCCCCGCCCUCUCUUCCCCCGCCUCCCUCCUUCCAUGCAUUGGAUGAUGAGAUCCGCAAGCUACUGGUGCUCGCAGGACUGACCCAGGCUGAGCUCCUCAAACUCAGCCCAGAGUUGGGGGUCUGUGUAGGGGGACUGCAGGAGGAGGGAGAGGGGGAGACCCACCACAACUCCAGGCCUGAACAAACACAGGAUGUAGGGAUGAGAAAAAAGGAGGAAAUGGCUAAGGAGCAGUAUGAUAUAGAUGGGUUGGCCGUUGACGGGUGGAGAGAUGGAGGAGGGAGGUUAGGGCAGGAGAGGGACGGAGACAUGAAGAGAUUCAGAGGGGUAGAGGAGGAUGAGGAAGAGAGAGAGGAGAGCCGAGAUGUAUUUAGAACAACAUCGUUCUUUAAGAUGGCUAGGAGCAGGAAGAAAAACAGUGGUUUUGGGGCUAGCGUUAGCCUAGCAUCCGACAUCUACUACAGCACUGACAUCAACCCUGCUAAAAGUGUUAGCUUUGAGACUUUCAAAUACGACCGUGCCCUCUCAGAAACCCCUCCCCCCCCUCCCCCACGUCCUUUACCACCUGUCCCCCCUACCCUGCCCCCCCCCCAGGUCUGCACACUUCCCGCCAACUCCUUACGCCCUGAGCGAUUUGAUUGGCUUAUGGCUUUCUCUCCUGAUAGUGAAACCCCGCUUCUACCCCCCCCUCUUGAACCUAGAAAAUCCAACAAAGAAACCUUGAAGAAAUCUACUUCAGGGUCAGCGUCAUCAUCUGGGUCAACCUCAGGGUCAGGGUCAAAGGUAAUGACCUUCAAGGAACUGCGUAACCGUAGCAAAAACAGCUCCCCGACCUACCAGUUAAUUACAGAACCAGAUCCAGACCCCACGGUUAUCACUCCCGACCCUGACAUCCUCUAUAACCUCAAAUGGAGGAGGGAGAAGACAGACGGUGACGGGGUCCAGUGGGAGUACACCUCCCAGGCCAAGGCCGCCUUCCUCCAACAACCUCCCCUCACCACAUUGGCUGCAUUUAGGGAGAUGUUCCAGAAAGCGGAGAAUGCGACUGGACAACCUGAACUUAACCCCCCGCAGCGGAUUGGGUGCUCAGCCAGUGAAGGGAACCUGUGGGGGAUUGAUGGACAAGGAAAAGAGGAGGGAGAGAAAAGGAAAGAGGUGCUGGAAGAAGAGGAAGAGCAGGUGGAGGUGAGAGGAACUGCUGAUGGAGGAAGAACCUGGGAGUCCAGAACUACAGUGUCUUCCCCCCCCCUCUCCCUGGCCCAGUCCCAGCCCUCCUCCUUUUUCCUCCAUUCGUCCCUCCCUCCUUACCGCCCAGGGUACUGUGGUGCUCAUACUAGGCCAGCCUCCGGAACCCAAGCCCACAGCCGCAUUGAAACUCAGCCCACAGACCUCGGACCUAACCCCUACACCACCCAGUCCACAGGAACUAACCCCUACACCACCCAGUCCACAGGAACUAACCCCUACACCACCCAGUCCACAGGAACUAACCCCUACACCACCCAGCCCACAGACACAAGAUCUUACCCCUACACCACCCAGUCCACAGGAACUAACCCCUACACCACCCAGUCCACAGGAACUAACCCCUACACCACCCAGUCCACAGGAACUAACCCCUACACCACCCAGCCCAUAGGAACUAACCCCUACACCACCCAGCCCACAGACACAAGAUCUUACCCCUACACCACCCAGCCCAUAGGAACUAACCCCUACACCACCCAGCCCACAGACACAAGAUCUUACCCCUACACCACCCAGUCCACAGGAACUAACCCCUACACCACCCAGCCCACAGACACAAGAAUUUACCCCUACACCACCCAGUCCACAGGAACUAACCCCUACACCACCCAGCCCACAGGAACUAACCCCUACACCACCCAACCCACAGGAACUAACCCUUACACCACCCAGCCCACAGGAACUAACCCUUACACCACCCAGCCCACAGGAACUAACCCUUGUACAACCCAGUCCUAUAACCCCUUUAUGACACAGGACACUCACACAGAUCCAAAUAAAGACAGCCAUGGAAUUGAUUCUAAGUGUGAUUCCAGAUGUCACUAUAGUGACUAUUUUAAGAAGGAUCGAGGCCUAAGCUCUGCACAUCGUUUUGGAAGCAACUAUGACAGAAACGUCGAUAGUUUGUAUCGCUAUGUGAAUGACUCCAAGACUAAAGACGAUGCAGAAUAUGUCUUUGGCUCUAACUCCAUCACUAACUUUGACUCUCUCUACAACUCUGACUCUGGCACUGAGAAAGAGACUCAUGCACACACCAACUCACUCAAACUGGUCAGCAGCGAUUUACACACUCCAGUCUGCACCACUCCAUAUAAAAACGUUGAUGCCAUGAUGAUGGCAUACGCCGGCACACACAGCGUCCGUUCUGCCAGCCACGUGGACACACACACGAUCUCCGACACACAACCUGACGUCGACUCACUGUACUACCCUAGCUCGGGUCCGCACAUGUCCGCCUCCCCUCACCAGGACAGAACGUUCAAAGACCUCCCUCCUCUCCCCAACUGGUUCCUUUACCACCCCAAAAACUGCCCCCUCCACAGGGGAGAUCCGCCCCGCCUCUCCCCUGUCGGUGCUCUCGACCCCCCCUGUCGUUCAGGGGCACCACCUCCAGGCAUGGAUGUGUCCCGCCUCAGCUCGCCCCUCUUCCCCCGCUCUCGCACCCUCCCCGCCCUGGCCGCACCCCUCUAUUACCCCUUUCUCUACCCCCCUGCCCCCCCCAGGGACACCCCAGAACCCCCAACUUUCUUCCAGGCUCCGCCGCUGCCGCCCGUGCUGACAGUUCGCAGCAUUUCAUUCGCUGGCUCUGUAAAGAAGGGCGGGACAUCCUGGAUGGGCGAUGAUGUGAAGGUACCUCUGAGAGGUCUAGGACUGUCCUCUCUGCAAGAAAAAAGAGCUCUCGUCAAUUCAGUGAGUGUGGCCGUGGAGGCCAUUUUGGCUCAGUUUAGCACCUCACGAACCCUGGUGCAGAAGGCUCUGUCAGGAGACAGCAGUGUCAAUCCUUCUCUGGGUCGGCUGGUGCUGCAGUGCCUGUGCCCCGCCCUGCAGGGCUUGCUGUCUGAUGGCCUCAAGCCCCAUCAGAGUGACGUGAUCUCAGGCAGGAGGCCAAACUCUGCCUGGGGACUGGUACAGGCCUCCACCAGGCCAGGUAGGAUCUCUGGAGCACCGUACAAAGGGCCCAGUACUCAGGCCCUGUACAGCCUGCAGGCUAGGGUAGGUGUGCUACCCCAGCUCAGGCAGAGCAAACACAGGUUCAAUGCCUUCCUCUUUGGCCUCCUCAACAUCAAGCUUCUGGAUUUCUGGCUGUCCCACCUCCAGUCAUGCAGUGAUGUGUUGGCGACGUUUUACCAGCCCUCCUCCUUCAUGCGCUUGUCACUGACUUCCUGCCAGCCUCUGUUUGAGGAGCUCCUCCUCCUGCUGCAGCCACUCAGUCUUUUGACCUUUAACCUCGACCUACUCUUCCAGCAUCACCACCUCGAGCCAGCCAAUCAUAGCCCUGAGAUACCCAGCCCACCCAAUCAGGAUCUGGGAUUCAGGCUCUCGCCCCGAGGGUCCACCUCCCAAGGCAGGGGCAGUAGCUACCUCCAGAGCCUAUCAGAGCUGCACGUUGGAAACGCCAAAUCCGAGACCGAGAGCUGUAAGGCCAGCCCACUGCCCCUUGUAAAACCGGAAGCUGAAAGGUUGGUGGAGUCGCGGAAUCCACCAACUCAUGGCGCAGAGUCUGGGAAGGUGUCUGGUAUUGCAGAGACAAGUCCUCAGCUGAUGUGGCUUCAGGAGAAAGAGAUUAGGGAGAUUGCGCCUCCUAAUGUUGAGGAGGACUGUCUAUCCCAACAAGCAGGAAAGGUGAUUCAGCAGGGCUGGGGUGCUGUGGUACGCUGGGGGGAAAAGCUCGGACAGAACUUGGCUGAACUUAGCCUGCCUGGACCCCAGAACCAGGUGGGGACAUCCAGGGAUCCCACAGAACCACAGGCCAGUACCCAGACCAGCAGUUACCCUUCCUGGGUAGAUGGAGCAUUAACAGUCCCCUGGGGUCUGGGACGGCUAUUUGGAGCUUCUAAUAACACCACAGUACCCACACUUCCAACCAGGCGUCCAUCUCAGUGGUUGUCUCCAGGGGUGUCUGCUCUGACCCGGUUGGUGAGCAGCAGUUCCACUGCUAACCAUAGGAGGUCGCUAGAGCCCCGGCAGGUAGAAGAAGUGGUGGAGCGAGAGGUGGAGGGAGACGCGGAGGAGACAUGCGACAACCCAAAACCCCUUAGGUCGGUCAAAACACUAUGCGACUACUCUGGCACAGGGGCAGAGUUAAGCUUCCAGAAAGGGGAGGAGUUAUUGGUUUUAGGGGGUGUCGAUCACGACUGGAUUCGCUGUCGUCAGGGAGACAGAGAGGGGCUUGUGCCCAUUGGCUAUGCCUCUCUGAUCAUGUGAUUUCUGUUAGCCUGAUCAGAUUUUUUGAUUGGUUGAAUAUAUCUUGGGGAGGGAAAAUGAAGUCAUAAUGCUACAUGUGUAAUGUACUUAGGCAACCAGUGAGAGGCUGCUGCAAAGUCCCAAUGCUCUUAUACAAAUAGUUCACCACUGAAUCUGAGUUCAAAUCACGUGUUUUUCUCUAAAGUGGUCUGAAGUUCAAGUUUGAUUCCUUUUUCCACACAGUCUGUUAUGUAGAUCCCAUUAUAAGCACUGAGCCAUCUGCAAGCCUCAGUUCUGCAAGCCUCAGUUCUGCAAGCCUCAGUUCUGCAAGCCUCAGAUCCUAAAGAUCUGCACCAUCUUAACAUAUCAAAUUGGUGGAUUUAUUGGAAAUAGAAAUUCUCUCAACAGACGGUGUGAAAUAUGGAUCUAGCACUACUAUAGACCACUUUUCAGGGUGAAAAGUGAUAGCCUGAUGGCCAGGUCUGUUUGUGCUUUAGCCUAAUCCAGAGCUGGCCGCCAGGCUAACAAGUGAAGGGAACCAUGCUAGAGUAUUGGAGCGUAGCCUCUGUUACGUACAGUUGUUCCGUAGUGAAACUUAGCCUUGUUCUGUGUUCUAUUCUGACCUUUUACCCCCAUUGAGCUUUAACCUCCAUCACCUUGUCUUUGUGUGUUUGACAUGUGCCCGCUACAAUUAAUAGUCAGUUUAAAAAUAACUAUUUGGCUGUAUAAAUAUACAUAAUAUAUAUAGAUAUAUGAAUAGAGAUUUUACUGACGUAGAUAGAAAGAUAGAUAAUCAAGAGAAAACAGAUAGUCUUGCCCUAAUCGACAGUCCACUCCGGUAUCUAUCGAUGAUGUGGCUCAUACAUCCAAUUGAUAAGUCUUCUAUCCUGUUGUGUGCUGCUCUCCUUACAUUUCUUAAGCAACAACACUGUCGUUGAUUUGAUACACACAGCCCAAGUGUUUCUGUCAGUGAAUGGAAUCCAGUGGCUGCCUCUUCUCAGUACGUGUUGUACGCAUGGGCAUCAUUUCGAUUCAUAGUCUUCAUCCUAACCUUCUAGAUCUAUUCUCAUAUCUUCACACUGUAUGUACUGUAUUUGAAUGCUUCGAGUGAAUGCUGUAGAGUAUCUGCCUGACACAUAGUAUCUAUCUAAAGGGCAUUGUAGGGUCCGGCUGCGUAUUUAGAACUGGCGUGGCGAUGCUAUAUCUUCUGUCGGUCCUCACCCCUUCGAGCUCAUUAACACAUACUACUCAGUGCUUUUGAAAACGUCACAGAUGCUUUGAAAUAAAACGGUGUCCGAUUGAGACUUGGUUGUCCUCCUACUCCGUCAGAUGAGCAGCUGUUGUCCCCGAGGGCCACUGACAUGUUGGUACUCUUUCGUCUGGGACAUGAAAUAUCAGCACAAGUACUGUCCGUCCGGCAGUAGCCCCGUUUUACCUGGGGUGUCAAAACGACGACCAGCAAGCGUUGGGACCUUUUUGAGGGCCGCAGUUGUAGGUUAGAGUCUCUACCCAAGCUGUCACGUGAAGCAGUAAGCGGCUCCCUGUUGGACUGCAGGAAUGGAGUAUUACAUGGAAUGUGAUACUGUAGAGCCUGUUUAUCCGAGUCAUGUGCCGCGCUCGCCCUCCCUGUCCGCUCACACUGCGCGAACCUUCCUUCUGUCCCGGCGAUGCUAACCCACGUGAGGUCAUCAGUUCAUGCUGUAGUAUUGAUAGUGGUGGUACAAUAAUGUUAAAGUAAUAAUGUAAUUAUUAUUAUGUUUAUCAUUACCCGGUAUGUUGAUUAGUACGUUAUGAUUUGGUUGGUAGUGAUUGUGUAGGCUUGGUAUUGAUGACUAUGCAUAUUAUGUACUUCUCUGAGGCUUGUGGUUUAAAAUAACUGUUUGGUCUGUUUAUUUUUUUUUUUAAUUUUAUUUCUUUAAGUCACUCAUGGAUAAACUGUCAGGGUAAUUAAAGAGUGAAGAAUAUAAUAUUAUCCUAUGGAUUACCCAUACAUUCUAAUUCAGUGGGAAUAUCUCCCUUCAGGUUAAUCAGAAAAAUAUACAAAGUACAAAGAUUCCUUUGUAUGGUAGCACAAAGGUAGUGUCGGGAAAACCAUGUAGGAAGAAUAUCGAUUUUGCACUUGUUACAUAGCUUACUUUACCAAAUCUUCCACGAAAAUGUAAAGGUAUAGCUCUGGCUAGUAUGUCACCAAACUAGCUAACCCAAAUACCUUCAUGUCAGUAAGAUACUGUUAAGUAAGAUAACUACAUUUGUAUGCCAGGAAAUUGACAGGAAUUGUUUAGAGCUGCUUAUGAAAUCUAUUAUUUGGAAGGCAGUCUGUAGAGUAGGAUGUAUGAGAGAAGAACUAAUUAGUCAGGAAGGCCCAAUAGUCACAUGUUUGAUGCAUGUGAGAGGUAUCAGAACUUCAGGAAAUGCACAUUGUCUGAGACAGUGAUGCUCUCAUUAUGGUGACGUUUUUGUUUUAUCAAGUAUAUUUUUCAUUGUACGAAAUGAUCCAUAAUAUGCAUUGCUUUAUAUGAAACGCUGUUCAUGUAAUGGAUGUGUUAUUUCUUGAUCCUUGGGUCCUGAAAGGUAUAUAGCUCUGUUCUAUCUGUCCCCUCAUAUAUCUAUCUAUCUAUCUGGGGUCCGGUGUGUGUAUGGGUGUGCAUAUACGUACUUGUGCAAGCAUUUGUGCACAUGUAUGUGCGAGAGCAAGAAUUAGUGUGUAGCAGUGGGUACAGUAGCUCUCUGAUGUGAUGUAGCCUUCCGCCAAACCUUCCCGUUGCAUAGUGUGCCAUGCCUCUGUAGUGUCAGUGUCCUUCCCGCAUGUGCUUGUUUGUAAAUACCCAAUAAAUGAACAUGAUCUGAACAUCAA